UGAAACCAAUCAAGCUCUCCUCCUUGUGUUUAUUGAAUGUAAUCCCCCUGGAUAUUGUUCCCAUAGGAACUGCUGACAAUGCAGAUGGUGACCACUCUGUUUCUCCUAUCUCUCCCUGUCCUGAAGGCUAAGCCAGGAAACAUGAUCAUCAGGAAAGGAGACUACUGCUCCGGCCCCCCAGGUAUGCCAGGGGCUCCUGGCUUACCGGGACACAAUGGGGCCAAUGGUCUACAGGGAGAGAGGGGCCCAAAAGGGGAAAGGGGUGACUCUGGACAGCCAGGGAUUCAAGGUGUGCAGGGCUUGAUGGGACCACCAGGUAAAAUGGGUGAAAGAGGCAGAAGAGGGAAAAAGGGGGAUAAAGGAGAGAAGGGGCAGAAGGGAGAACCAGGGAGAGUAGGGACUGAAGGAAGACUAGGGCCCAAAGGGCAGAAAGGUGAGCCCUCAGUUCUCCCACCCUCAGUAGCCUUCUCUGCCAGUCGGACCUCACCCCUGGGGCCAGUACGGGAGGACACCAUCAUCACCUAUGACCAGGUUUUCUUGAACUUGGGGGAAUCAUUUGACAUCUUCUCCUCUCACUUUGUAUGCAAAGUAAAUGGAACCUAUCUGUUUACAGCUCAUGUACUGGGGAUGUUGGACUAUGAUGCAUAUGCAUGGAUCAUGUUUAAUGGGCAGCCAAUGGUUCCGAUGCAUGGAGAUCAUCGGGCAGGUUACGGAACAGGAAGUAACUCGUUAAUAAUUCAUCUCGUUAGUGACGAUCAUGUGUGGGUGCAGCUAAUGAAGAACUCCUCUUUGUUAAAUGACUAUUCAACCUUUUCUGGUUAUUUAAUUUACAAGGAUGUUUGA